AACCAUGCUGACCGCUUCUGUCGUGGCACCUUUCCGGUUAUGUAUUGGAUCGCAUGAUCGCGCCCACAAUGCGUGAUGCAGGGCACAUGCACUGAACGUUGGAGAUCUGUUGCGUCGUCGAGGAAUAGCGUGGAUGACCAGUGAAGAUACCCCGAAAACAACAACCGAAGAUAACAUGAAGAGGAAUGAAAGGUUUACAGGAAGAUGCUUCUUCCUCGACAUAGUGUCUGCAUAUCGUGAUGUGCUACGUCAUCCGUUUCCGGUAGUGCCGCGUUAAGUACGAAGCUGAAGGUACAUCAACCUCCCCAACCGCAAGAACAGACGUUAAUAUUCCUUACAACCUCAUCAAGUUGAUCUAAUCUCCCGCAACAAUGGCUCCAGGCGACAAACUCCCAGACUUCCUGACCAAUACUCCACUGCACUCAUCCUUCGACAAAGACAUCAAGGACACACAUCUGAUCUACAAUUAUGACGCGCAAGACAAGGACGGUAACCCUGAGAAGUGGCGCUAUGAGCUCUGGUGCUUCUCAGAUGACCGUGUCAUCUAUGCCAUUCACGGCGGACCCAUGGCCGGCAGAGUAAAUUAUCAACGCGCGACGUAUCAGUGCAUCCGUCCUGGCGAGCUUUGGCAGAUCAACUGGCUCGAAGAAACCGGAACCGUAGUCUCUGCUGUCUAUGAUAUUCCCCAGAAGAAGAUCACGACUUUGAUCUCGUUCUCCGAAGGGCAUUGGAAGCAGGCAGAGGUAGCCCACGGAGAUAAGAGACACAAGGACAGCUUGGAGAAAUGGAGGAAGUUGGCCGAUGUGGGAAACCAGACAAGUCGGUUCAUGUUGAGCGAGCAAGCGAAUAUCGUGGAGGUAUUCAAGGGCAAGGGUAAUCUGGUGCCCAUUAGCGAAGACGAUCCUACUUUCUGAUCCUGACCAUCGAAAGAAAGGACAGUCAGGAUCGUAAUCAUAAUCUCAAAUAGUAAUGUGUACAUAAGCAGAUCCUUGAUA